GGACUGGAUGACUUCCUCUUAGGUAUGAUGGCAUAUGACCGAUACAUAGCCAUCUGCCACCCACUCCAUUACUCAAUGGUAAUGAGCCCCAGAGUCUGUAUCCUAUUUGUGUCUGGGUCCUGGAUCAUAACUAACAGCUGUUCCUUGUUACAUACCCUUCUAGUAAACCAGUUGUCUUUUUGUGCAGAGAAUACAAUCCCCCACUUCUUCUGUGACCUUUCAGCCCUGCUCAAGCUCUCCUGUUCUGAUACUUACAUCAAUGACCUGGAGAUUGUAAUUGUGGGAGGAUUUUUGGUUGGUGCCCCAUUUUUUCUAAUCAUAGUGUCCUAUAUUCACAUUAUUUUGGCCAUUCUGAGGAUCCCAUCCACUGGAGGCAAGUAUAAAGCCUUUUCCACCUGUGGUUCCCACCUCUGUAGUGUGUCUAUAUUCUAUGGGACCAUUAUGGGGGUGUAUUUUCUCCCCUCCUCCACCCAUCCAGACAAUUUAGACAUUUUAGCUGCCAUCUUCUAUACCAUAGUGACCCCCAU